AUGAGCGGGGAGAAGAGCCAACAUCGCCAUCUUAUGAUCACUGGAAGGAACGAAUUCUUACCCUCAACUCAACGAAGAAAUAUGACGAUAGACUGCUUGAUGCAGGCUGGGGCUCGUUAUUCAGACCAUUUGAUCCCCCCAAAUUCACUCUCGGGCUUCUCAAUUGCCUGCUUACUCGCAUCGAUCUUUCACGAUCUGUACCCUGUUUUUCGGUGUCUGUCCUCUCACAUUCCCUCUGUGCCUGAAGUCAAGGUACUACGAGAAUGGCUGAUGGCUACUGAUACAUCAAAUGUUGUGGCAGAAGUAUCGGCUCGCAUACUAUUGAAAUUCCUUAGUUCAACGGGAGCAUACAACACUGAAUGGGGUGCGGAGCUUGGCCUGACUGUGUGGAAUUGGGCCCACGAAUGUGACUUCUCCCUAACAAAAGACCUGAGUUUGGUUGGUUCUUGUGCCUUGAUGUCGGAUGAUAAUUUGGUUUCUCAAAUUAUUUCAGCUGUUUGCAGCGACAACGUUGAAUUGCUCAAGUACUGCGUUGCAGAUAGGAGACUGAAGAACCAAGUUCGAUAUUCUGGCCCCGUCAAUGGACUUUUGCACCUGGCAGUCAAGCACAACUCAUUUAGCGUUUUCAAAGUUUUGGUUAACGCAGGAUUCGAUGCUUGUACCCAAAACGACAAAGGCGAGUUACCAAUUCAUUUGUGUGAGCGUCAAGGUAGCUUGCGUUCCUUCAAGGCCUUUAAAGACCUUGGAAUAUCUCUUAUCAGCCAGGACCAAGAUGGUUACAGCAUCUUACAUCGCUGGGCUGAAGAUCGUCCUUUGAAUUAUGAGUUUGUCAGUGGAAUUUUCGACCUGGAUUCACAAGAAGUGAUCGAAGGGCUCCAGACAAGAACACCUCAGGGUGAUACACCAUUGACUCUGAUAUUCAAAAGUGCUGGGGAAAGCCCAAGAAGCGAACACCAGGGCAUUGACUUGGAUAGGCUAUGCCUUCAGGUUAUGGGCCUCUUGCAGAGAUAUUAUCUGGAAAAGGGGAUUAGCAUAAGGCCGACGAACGGAAUGAGUGUCGAGGGUCUGAGACAGGCCUUUACCGAGUUCGACAAUAUGAUAGAAAUUGAUCCUACGCCAUUGCACAAACUGAAAGCUUGGGUUUCGUUGAGUCAAGUCCAACUACUCAUAAAGCUUUAUCCAGGUGCGCUUAAUUCACGAGUCAAUGGCAGACUACCCAUUGAGGAAUAUAUCGAGAGCACACUCGAUAAUCGAAAGAAUCCAGAACACGAUAUCAUAAUGAGCCUUUUCCCCAAUAAUCACCAAAACCCCGAGUCAAGCGAAAAAGAGAGCUUGUGGCACUUUGCCUGUCGUAUAACAGGUCACGAAUGUUACAACAAAUACUGGAAGUAUGUCAGCGGACGAUACAUUCCCCUCUUUGAAUUUGGGACGCUCAUGGAAAUCCUGUUUCAACUUGGCGCGAUGCGUAUCUAUGAAAAACAAUUCAAAGAGAGUGGAUUGAAACCUCUACUUUCUAAGUAUCAGCCAGCACUGUUACCUGUGAUUCGAGAUGCUAUAUUGCAAACCGACUACUGGGACGGUAUGCAAAGCUCUGACUCGAUAUCUUUCUUGUUCCAAGAUGUCAUAAAAAGUGGCAAUCUCAACAUGAUACGGCUCCUUGUCAAGAACGGAGCCAACCCCCAUCAUCGUGUGAAUGGCCAAACUCCCUUUGAAACCGCAUUUCAUGGUCGUGUAGCAAUCAAUAUUUGUAAAACGGAGGAGGGAGCCGAGGUUCUCAGGGAUCUAUUAGAACGUUGCGGCAUUAAUCAGAUAUGGAAGGGCCUUUUUGAAACUGGCGACUACUCACCCCUUCAUAUGCUCGCCACAUCAGAAGAUGCAACCAACAUCACCUGGAUGGUGGAAGCACUUUUACAAUGUGGACUUGACAUAAAUUAUGUCGGAUCAGGUCCGUGGGCAGUAUCUCCCCUCGUUUACCACCUUCACCAGUCUUCCUUUCAAUUGGCAGAGAAACUGCUAGAACUCGGAGCAGAUUCGUCCUUGAAUGAGAUUCUUGCAUGUAUUGCCAUUGACAACCUGUCUUUUCUACAGAAAAUCUAUGUUCGAGAAACAGAGAGACUUGCAGCAUUCACAUGGCCUGCCCCAGUGACCUUCAAAAUUCAGCAUCUCCACGAAACAGCCAUGGUAAGAAAUGGGAAUGCAAUCCAUUUGGCAUCGGCCUGCAAUAGCGUUGAAUGCUUGGGAUUCAUUCUGAAACACGCUUCAGAAAUGGACAAGGUUUCGAUAUCAGAUGAAGGGUUAACGCCAGUACAUAUCGCUGCCUAUGAAGGUUAUGUUGACAUUAUGAAGCUUCUUCUUGAGAAUGAGCUCAGCACCAUGACAGAAAGUCGGUCCGGCUUCACUCCGAUGCACAUGGCUGUAUUGGGAGGGAGUCUUCAUACGGUCCAAUGCUUACUUGAAUAUGGUGCCACUCAAACUUUGGAUGCAAGCGGCAGAACGCCUGGGCGGAUUUCCUUAGAGCUUGGAUUCGAUGGAAUCUACGAGCUGUUGGAAGGGGAUGCUCAAAGUGGAUUCCAACAAUUGCCAUCUUUACGGAAGCACGCAGCAGUCAUUGAACCAGAAGAGCGCUUGGCAAUGUCAUUCGAGAGAGCCAUGAAGGAAGAAGACUACGAGAGCAUGGGGCAGUUGAUCGAUCAAGGGUGCCCUGUGGAUGUUCCCCUCCCAUCAAGCCAAGGAUUGUCCGCAAUUCUAGUGGCUUUAGAGGAAGGGAACCCUGUAAUGGCGGCCUGGCUGUUACAACAAGGAGCCAGUGCUUUGCAAGCUAAUCAAGUGGAAGAGGACGUACUGAACUUGAUUGAUAUAGCUGCCGGUCAGUCAAACCUCAAUUGGUUGUUACCGGAACUGUUCCAGGAGUAUCUCUUGGAAGGUGGUGAUUUGAAAUUUGGGUAUGAGCUCCCAUUGCAUAAGGCAGUCGAAGAAGGCAACACCAAGGGGCUUGCGAUAUUACUUGAGGUGGCGGAAGAGUAUCAGCACUACAUCGGAUCCUCACACACGGUCAGGGACGUACUGAACAGUUUGUCGUUAAGGAAUUUCUCCUGCGAAAACAAUUGGAAAACCUGGAUACAUGUUGCAAACACGACGGCGUUGCAUGCAGCUGCAUGGGACGGGAACACGGAGGCAGUCUCACUUCUGGUAAAUAGGGGAGCUGAUAUUGAUGCGGCCGAUUCGACUGGAUGGACUCCUCUCUUCUACGCGAAAGAUGCUGACACGGCCAACCAUUUGGUCUCGCUCGGGGCAUCGAUGGCUGCAAUUUGCAGGUUCGAAUCACUUGGGUCAUUGAUCAACUGGUUCGGUGAUAAUCUGUUCGAUGAAGUGCACCCUGUCAGUUUUUCACGACUCCCGGAGGAGUUCUUGACUGUGUUAGACCCACCGCGAUUCUCAACACUUUACGAGGAGUUGUCUCUCACUCCUAAAAGUUUGGACAAGUUGCAUGAGCUGAAGUUUGAUCUUAUGAGAGAGGACGAGGCGGGUCGAAGUACAAUGCAUUAUAUCUUGGGCGAAGAAGAUCUAGUUGAAUGGGUGUUGAGCUCCGAUCAAGAUCUCAGCAGGACAACUCCUUUUCCUUGGCACUUGGAGUGGUACGAACUUUCUGAUCUCGCCCUGCUGACAUCCUCAUUUGAACGGCUUCGACAAAAGAUGCCAACUGGCUUGUUCUAUAAAGUUCUCAAUCUCGAGCCAUCACGCGGUUGGAGUCCUUUAUGCCGUGCAGCAGCUUUGAAUCGUGCUGAUAUUAUCGCCAACUGCCUUGACAUGGGUGCUGACAUCGACUUUGAAGGUUCCUGUUUUGGAUCAGCGGUUAUGAAUGCAAGUGCUUGCGGGAGUCUGGAUGUCGUCAAGCCCCUCGUUCGCAACGGGGCUUCGGUAAUGUACACGAGCAAAAAUAAGUUCAUAAGCUGUUAUCUGGUUGCUGGAACUGAAGCUGUGCGGGAAUGA